GGGGCUAGGAGUUAGCCCCGCCCCCUGCCCGCGGGUCCUUCUCCCGCUGUGGGUUUCCAGGGAAGCCGUCUAGGUCGCCUAGCAACGAAGUAGCCGGCAGCAACCAAACGGAACCAAGGUACCAGAGCCCGUCCUGGAAGGGCGGGGCCUCCUGACCGCUCCCUCGGGCUCGUAGCGUGUGGGUUCGUUUCAACUUCCAGACUCCGACGCCUAGUAGCAAACUGUACGGUGCUUUCAAUCGACGCAAUGGGUAAUGUGAGAUGUUGGUUACAGGGCCCCUGAGCAUCCAGGAUUAGGAAACUGUUUCUGAACGGAGGUGUGUGGGGAGAUAUACUUUCCAUAUAAAGAUUUUUUUCCCUUUAGGCGCCAUUCAAAAAACCGUCUUGUAAAAUGCUGCACACUCCCCUGCUACCUUAGCCGGAAUGACCUAGACGUGCACUCUACAGACCUGUAGCUUCUCCGGAUGCUGGGCAGAGCUCUCCGGGAAGGCAGGCUCCAGUGCCCACUUGCAUGCCCUGAGGUCAAGAUCUUCGACUUGGAUCUCUGCUUUUUCUGGUUUUCUACCAUAUCCUAGAAAUCAGAUGGCCACUUCUCGUCUCUGCAAAGCCCACGUCCCUUUCCCCAGGAGCUGACGACAAGUCCCAGGGCCGUGGUAAAAUUAAGGGACUAGAAGUUUCGGGGAAGAAAGAUCUGCUAGUUCCUUAUGUUGAUCUGGAAACGGGGGACCUAGGAGGGUGGAGGCUCUGCUCCUGGUGGUGUGGCAUUUAAAUACGUACCCUUCAACAGACUACCAAAGAUUCAGAGCAAAAGGUUGGAAACUCUGCUUGAAGAGAAUGCUCCCUUAGGAUUCCAUUAACCUCUCGUUUGCUGGUCUGCAAGUGGCUCGUGCAGUAACCUGUGUAGGUUUCUGCUGCAACCAGAGAAAGGGGGCUUGGCCUCCAAAGCACUGAGAGGAAGUCACACGAUGAAGGGCUUGAUAACAAAAUGGCCUCAGGGUCCCCGCGGGCUGGACAAUGAUCCCUGCUGCUGACCGUGGCGCCCUCGAGGAGGAAGCUGAGCUUCUGCAAGUCCAGGACACUCUUGUUGUGAUACAUCGGUUCCCGCAGACUGGGGGUUUCUCACAUUUAGCACAAGUCAUCGGCUUGGAGUCAUGCAUAAUUUAUAAUAAUUUGGCAAAACCUCAGAAAAAGAUAGACUUCACUGGACGUCGGAGGCUGCGGCAGCACCCAGCAUUGAGGUGGCUUGAGGUUCUGGGUGGCCUGAGGCUCCAGGAGUGGGGCUGGUGCAAGGGACAGCUUCUUGGGACUCUCUUCUCCCGAGGAGUGUGACAAGGUGACAAAAGAAAAGAGCCACAAUCAACACAGCCACCAAGGAAAUAGCAGCAGAUCCAGUCCAGAGCCUGGGGCUGCUCGGGACACUCCCCCAGGCGCGCACAGGAUCAGGGACGGAGCCUUCAGUUCUCGUCUCAGAGAGAGAAAAUGGCCCAAGAAGUCAAUCUGAACAACCUCCAGGAACUGGAACGCGAGGCGAUCCUGCAGGUGCUGUACCGAGACCAGACCGUGCAAAACGUGGAGGAGGAGAGGAUACGGAAACUGAAGACACACCUGCAGCAUCUCCGCUGGAAAGGGGUGAAGGGCGUGAGCCGGGAGUACCAAGAGAAGUCCUGUGCCCGCUGCCGCCGGGUGCUGGGGCCCCUGCUGAACCGGGGUGCCGUGUGCCAGGGCUGCAGCCACCGCGUCUGCUCCCAGUGCCGGGUGUUCCUGCAUCGGACCGGCGCCUGGAAGUGCACCGUGUGCUUUGAGGACAGAAAUGUAAAGAUAAAAACCGGAGAAUGGUUCUUUGAGGAACGAGCCAAGAAAUUUCCAACUGAAGGCAAACACGAGACAGCUGGGGCAAAGCUCUUGCAAUCUUAUCAGAAACUGAGCAGCAGUAUUUCCGUGGUGCCUCCUACCCCGCCUCCACUCAGUGAAAGCCAGUGCAGCGGCAGCCCCGGCAGCAGGUUGCAGGAACUUGGUCAGUUUAAAGGAUUUAAUAAGUCCUUGGAAAAUUUGUUUCUGUCUGUUACCACCCACAUGAAAAAACUCUCCAAGUCCCAGAAUGACAUGACCUCUGACAAGCAACUCCGAGCUGCGGGCUCCGGGCGGUGUGCAGGCCAGACGGACAGACGGAGCCUGUCGGACACUGCCAUCAACGUCUCCACCAGGAAGGUUAGUGCACCAGCCAUUCUGCAGCCUGUCAAUCCAGAGAGUCCCAAACGCCCUACCAGCCCUGUUUUGAAGCCAGAGGAUCUCUCAUCCAGUCCAGUGUCCAACACUUUAUUCUCAGGAGGCUUGAGACAUGGGAGUUUAAUUAGCAUUAACAGCACUUGUACAGAGAUGGGCAAUUUUGACAACGCUAAUGUCAGUGGAGAAAUAGAAUUCGCCAUUCGUUAUUGCUUCGAAACCCGUUCUUUAGAAAUUUGCAUCAAGGCCUGUAGGAACCUGGCCUAUGGGGAAGAAAAGAAGAAAAAGUGCAAUCCGUACGUCAAGACCUAUCUGCUGCCUGACAGAUCCUCCCAGGGCAAGCGCAAGACCCGAGUCCAGAAGAACACGGUGGACCCGGCCUUCCAGGAGACCCUGAAGUACCAGGUGGAGCCGGCCCAGCUGGCGGCCCGGCGCCUGCAGGUCUCUGUGUGGCACCUGGGCACGCUCGCCCGGAGGGUGUUUCUUGGAGAAGUGAUCAUUCCUCUGGACACGUGGGACUUCGAAGACAGCCAGACCCGGUCUUUCUGCUGGUAUCCGCUCCGGGCCAAGGCAGAGAAAUGUGAAGACAGAUUUUUUCCUGCCAGUAAUGGAGAACUUGCAGUCAGGGCCAAACUGGUCAUCCCGGAAGAGCCCAGGAAGUCCCAGGAGGCUCAAGAAGGGACAGACCAGCCAUCAGGGAAUGGCCAGCUCUGCUUGGUCGUGCUGGGAGCCAAGAAUUUACCUGUGCGGUCAGAUGGCACCUUGAACUCAUUUGUUAAGGGCUGUCUCACCCUGCCCGACCAGCAAAAGCUGAGGCUGAAGUCCCCGGUGCUGAAGAGGCAGGGCUGCCCGCAGUGGAAGCACUCCUUCGUGUUCAGAGGCGUGAGCACCGCGCAGCUGCGCCAGGCCAGCCUGGAGCUGACCGUCUGGGACCAGGCCGUCUUCGGGCUGAGCGACCGCCUGCUGGGAGGAGCCAGGCUGGGUUCCAAGGAGGACCCAGCUGGCAGCACCGACUCCUGCUCACAGGCAAAGCUUCAGUGGCAGAAAGUUCUUUCCAGCCCCAAUUUAUGGACAGACAUGACGCUCGUCUUGCAAUGAGGCCGCUCCAGCAUGAGGGAGCUCAGUCCUGCUUGCGGGAAGAGCAGCUGGGAAGCAUAUGCCCUGCACCCCAGCACGCCCUGAGCUGGGCCGGCCCGCCCUGCUCCGGCUCUCUGGCAGGUAAUGAGGGCUGCCUGCAUGGCCCCGGGGCCACCCCAGAAUCCUGCUGCUGAGUGAGGUGCUGGCCACCUCUGGACAUGUGCCCUCCUCAAGCAAGUUCCCUUGGAUGCUUUGCUCAGAACAUAGGCAUGCCGUUAAGCAAUGCAUGACUUUAAAGUUCAACAGACCAGUUGUUGGGUUCCAGAAGUAAGUCUCACCGUGGUCGUGCAGAUGUGGGAACUGGCCAGACUUCAAUAAAUGCUCAAGUUACCUGUCUCCCGGCUGGUCGCAUAGUGGACAUUAGGGCCCAGGUUUGUGUGUUUCAAAGAGAAAAAGGGAGC